AUGGAAGACUUCACUGAAAUGUAUAGCAUUGGACAAUAUUACCAAAAUAGAAUAGUUAUUGAAAAAGAUGAACGAAAGUCUAAGAUAUCUGAACAGAUAAUCAAUAAAACAAGUGGUGAAGUGGAAAUAGACAAAAUUAAAAGAAAGAAAAUAAAGGUUGGUUCAGUAAAUGAUGAUGAAAUAGGUGAUAAGAAAUCUGAAGACUUAUCUAAACAGAAUUAUAAAGCAAACAAUUCUGAAAAUUGCUAUAAAAAUGAAAUAGGUAUUUCUAGAUUUGGUAAUAAAUAUGAGAAGACUGUUAGAGUAAGAAAUGUAUCUAUGGAUCAAUUGAAUCAG